GAGAAAUGGAUGUUAGUGCCGCAUGCAGUUUCUUUUGCGACCCAAGGCAAUCUUGGCAGUGACUCCACUGUCAGUGAGUGAUUCCCUGCUUUCAACGAAUCUCCCUUGAAUCUAUGGUCAAACGUUGAGUUUGCGCAGUGACUUUGAGGCCAUAUAAACCAGACAAGCUUCCUCUCCUCCCUCCACUUGCUCCUCCACUCACACACACUCUCUCUUUCUAUUCAAACUAUUGUCACUCGCUUCCUCAGUCACUCUUUCACCCAACACGUUCGUUUUACUCAACUCUAGUAGUUUCCCUCGUUUACCAACCUUUCCUUAUAUACUCAUCAUGAAGUGGUACACGCUCGUUCUGGCUACCUCUGCUACCCUGGUUAUGGCAUCACCUGUCCCAACCUUUUCUAUCUCCCCAAAUGGGCCUUGCCCUCAAUCUAAAGUCGAUGCUAUCCUUAAAGGCGACAUGGAUGCAUCCGAAUGCUGCUCAUACGGCAAAUGCAAGGGCGAUGUAGUCAUCUCGGUUGGAGAAUAGGACUUUAUCCCCUCAACUCACACACUCACUCGAACUUAACGACGUUACGAACACAUCACUGCAUACUAGCAUACACAGUCCUUAUCUGAACGACCUCGACACAGGCUACAAGAGAGAAUCCGGCUCUUGUUCCUACACUCCACGGAUUUCAUACCCAAAGUUCUGUCAGAACCAACACGUUCAGUCUAUCAGAGUCCACAUUCAUUUCUCGAUUCUUUCUUACAGAGAUACAUUGAUGCUUAAGCACGUGGCUGCCAUCGUGGGCUUGAUGAUAUACAGGAGAACUCAACCCAGUGUCCUAAGGAGAAUGUUUUACAACUGAUGGAGAAAUGAUUUAAAUGGGCUGGCUUGGAAGAAUCACGAGAAACAUCAACUACAAUUGUCAUAUAUCAGGCAGGAUCUGAAACGAAUGUCAUAUGAUUUGUUAUACCAGAGUAGCAUCGCGAAUAUGCAUUGGUUUGGAAGCCGUGAAAUAUCACACAAGUUACCCUUAAUGUUUACAAAACUUUACUUUGUGUUCCGGCCCAACACUUCAGGGCUCGUAUAGGUGGAUCUCGACUAUUUCCGCAAACGGAAUCCCCGACUUACAAAGUUCACUCACUCACCGACGCUUUGGUCACUAUUCACUAUUGUGCACAAUCGAGUCGUUGGUGAAGUACGAAUGACCCAAUUAAUUUGGUUCAAGGUAGCACGAUGCAGUGAGGAAGAACCGGGUCGAUUCCUUUCGUCGGGAUGAUUUUGAAGCUAUCGUCACUUGGACGAAGACUAACCAAAUAAAGAAAUUCCUUUCAUAAUUUUGCCAAUUAACUUGAUACCCCCUUCGAAAAAGACCUUAAUUCUCAAAAAGAUGCGUACUUGAGCGAGAAUUAGAUAAUACUAACCACGGUCCUGGCUAAAUAUAUUGUGCCCUGAUUGAGAUGCUGGGAUAGUCGAAGCGAAAGGAGUUCGAGACGCUGCACCACCGACAAAGCCCUGUUAACGAUUCAGCAGAUACGCGCAUCAUAUCCCAUUUGAGCGGAAUGGUUCAUCUGUGCGAACUUCUACAAGGUCGACAAUGUUAGGAAAGUUACUGCUAACAUCCUACCACGAAUGGACCGAUAUCGGCCCUCGGUAUCGCAGCAACAUCGAGUAUGACUUAUAGUGGAGUGGGGUGAGACAUCUCUAAAUGGCAUAUUUCCUAUUAUGCCUGAAGCUCUUAAGUAUUUCAUGAUUAGACAAUCUUCUUACACGGUGAUCUCACUUUUAAUCAUUCACCUGUGAGGACUACUGUAAUGCUAUUAAUAACCAUGAUGUGCUUCAAGGCAUUUUAAUUGAAAACUUCGUGAUCAGCAUACAUGGAAUACACAAUGAGCCUGGCGCAAAUUCGGAAUAUAAAGACGAAUGAGAAUUGAGAUUGUUGCUCGCGAGGAUCGACACAGCGGAAACGGGCUGCAUGAUAUAUGUGCUCAGUGUCGAAUAAGAGUUAAUUAAUUGGUUAUCUCGUCUCUUGCAUAUGGUUUCAUAAACUGGCCUCAACUUCUUUGCUUCUAGGGUAAAACAUGUAGGAGGAUAAAAGACAUCAUCUCAAGA